GUAUGGAUUAAUUGCUUUUUUCCCCUUAAAAAAAUAAUUUUGUAUUUUAAAUUUCGUCUUCCACAUUGGUUUAGUUACAGACCCCUAAGCCUACCAGAAGCCAAUACCAAUGGCGAUAUGGCUUCCAGCCAGAUUGUCGCCAUUUCGGCUUAAACUCGCUUCAACUUUGUCGAACCAUAAUUCUCAAUCUUUUUCAACAAGAUUUCGCUUUUCCCAGCAAUCCCAAUACAGGAAACAAGUUUCCAUCGCCAAUCUUCUCCAAAGGUACGGCUUCCCAUCUUCUCAGCUCCAAAAUUUCCUCUCCAAGAACCACGUCCUGCUCAAUUCCAACUUGGAGGAAAUAGACAAGUCGUUGGGUAUUCUUCUAUCCUUUCAAAUCCCUCAGAAAUCCCUUGUUUCUUUGGUAUUUGAAUGUCCUGGGGUCUUAGAUUUCCAAUUCCUCAAAAAAUGGCAAAUUGGUUUCGCAAAUUUGGGGCUUCCGAGUGUUCCCCCAUUGAUGAUUAAGAGCGUUUUGGAACACUCCAGGAGGUUCCAGUUAGACCAAGAUUGUGUUUUCGGAAGCGUGGAGGUUUUGAGGGGCAUGGGGUUUUCUGAUAGGAUUGUUAGUAGGAUUUUGGAGGGUUUUCCUGGAGUGACAUUGAUGAAUGAGAUGGAAAUCAGAAGGAGAAUUGAGUUCUUAAUGGGAUUUGGAAUUCCCAGAGAUAAGAUUGAUUGGGUUCUAUCUUCUUUCCCAAGGGUUUUAGGAUUAGGAGUUGAAGAUAGGUUGAAGCCAUUGCUUUCUGAGUUCAGAGAAUUGGGUUUUAGUGAGGAUUUGAUUAGGAGAGAGGUUGUUAGAGAGCCAAAGAUUCUUGGCUGGGAAUUAGGGGAACUCUCAAGGUGUUUGGAGUUGUUGAGGACUUUGAAAUGUAGAGAACCAAUCAAGGAGAAGAUUUUCAGUGAUGGAGAAUUUAGAGCUGGUUUUGAGGUGAAGUUGAGAGUUGAUUACUUGUGCAGUCAAGGAUUGAUUCGCAGAGAGGCUUUUGGGGUUUUAUGGAGGGAGCCAAGAUGUAUUAUAUAUAAGAUAGAGGAUGUUGAGAAAAAGGUUGAGUUUUUGAAAUAUAGGAUGAAAUUUAAUAUCAGUUGCUUGGUUGAAGUUCCUGAGUUUCUGGGUGUAAAUUUUGAUAAGCAGAUUGUUCCUCGGUUCAGUGUGAUUGAGUACUUAAGAUCGAAAUCCGGGCUUGGUUUUCAAGUUGGAUUAAGAGCAUUGAUCAAACCAAGCAGACUAAAGUUCUAUAACCUUUAUGUCAAGCCAUAUCCAGAGUGCGCAAAAAUGUUUGGGAGAUAUUCGGAUGUGGAUGUGAAAAGUCGACAUCCAAUUGGACUAUGGAAGCAUUUUAAGCCACAAAGUUUCCCAGAAUCCAGACAACAGGUGGAAAACAUGAAGUUGUAUAUGGAAACCUUGAUUUAGUGUCAUCUCAAAUAUGAAUGUUCAAAUUAUCCAUGUUGAAGAGGUUAUGGAGUUAGCUUGCUUGUCCUGGAACCUCAAUGGAUGAAAUGAUUGGUGAGGACAUGCAAUUACUUCUCUUGGUGCAUGCUGUGGAACUUCACUUCAAAUCAGGUUUUGGCUCUCACUUUACAGAUUUCUUCAAGACAUUGUGAAAUGCUUUCUCAUGUGGUCUUAAAUAUGAGUUCGUUUUCUUCCAUGGAAAAAGUUAAGUGAUCACUUGUUCAGCUGGAAAUAAAAUCCAGCUAUUGCUACUAUAGAUAAUGGGUUUCCAUGGGUUAUUACUCUUAUAGAAGGCACUGUUAUUAGCUGCUGGUUUGCAGAAACUUUGAUGCUUGGACAAGUAGUCAAAAUUAUUGGGUGGUCAACUCUCUCUGGAAGUUCAUCAUUGCAAAAUGUGCCAUUCGUUUACAAGCAGCCUCUAUCAUCCUGUGACUCUCUUAAGCUAUAAUUAUAAGUUCCCAAUGCCAUUUAUGUUCUCGAUGGUUCUGUGAUUGACCAAAUAUCCAAUGUGACAAAAGUCAAAUGUGUUAGGAGCUAUAUUUGUCUCUAAGAGUCAAAUAGUAUCCAUUCCUUGUCCAUGUUUCAUCAUCAAGUCAAAGCACAAAAAGAUCUUGAUGGAAUAUAUAGAAACCAUUUAUAAGCCUUUAGUUAGCAUUAAGUUCCAAGGGACUGAUACAGAGACAAAUACUCCACCUGUUGUUGCUAGUUAUAAUUCAGAGGUCCUCUUUACAACUUUGGAGUGUUUGUGAAGCCUGAUAUAAUGGCACGUGGGACAAAAGUUGCGGGCUUGGCUACCAAGUAGACCAACAGCUCAAAUAGGGACAAAUUUGGUUUUUGUAUGUGCUUCCCCUCAUGUUGGUGGUGUAGCUGCAAUUCUUAAAGAUGCACACCAAGAAUGGAGCCUCUGCUGGUAUUAGAUCUGCCAUUGUGACAACUGCAAGUCUGCAAAAGCAGUGGACACCUGUUAUUAGCUGCUAAGUUGAACUUAGCACUUGAUCCUGGUUGUGUUAUGUUGCAACUCCACAAGAUUAUGUGAACUUAUUGUGCUUUUCUCUUGAUCAGGAAUGAAUCUAGAACUCAAUCAGAUCGUAUUAGCUGUGGAAACCCAUCUAGUAAUCUCAAUUACCGUUCAUUCA